AAAAACUUGCGUUACCUUUCAAGUGAAUCAGGAAUAAUAUUAUAUAAAUUAGGACACAUCGAGCUGGUAGGAAGAAUGAUACUUGUUCUGGUCUCUAAUUCGUAUUGACAAUCGGACGUGGAGUGAAUUUGUGAACGGUUACCGCUAAAACGUCGUGAUGUUUCUACAAGUUGACAAGACAUCGGAACACAUGAGCAACUCGUAAACCCACACUAUUGCAGCAUUCUAGAGGGAAUAUCUAGUGGAGAGUGAUAACAUUUACGAUGUGUCUUGCUGUAUCGGUUCCAAGCACCAAAGUUACAACGAACUACAUCGUAAUAAGAUUCAUCAACAAGUGAAUAGGAACUGGUAACAGUAACAGUGACAGGAACUGGUUACAGUAACUGUAACUCAACAAGUGCGCAAGUAACUGGAAGUCGGAGUACAGUGACAGAUCAAUCUCUCAACUAAUUACACUCAAACCAGGAAUACCAACAACCAGCUAUGAAAGUCAAAAAUUAGAUACGAAUUGCAUAUCAUUUCCACAACAUAGAAGGACUGAGCAUGGGAUCAAUCAGCACUAGUAUAAUAUGACGGAGCAUGAGCGACUCAGUGGAGAGUGAGACAGAUGCUGCUGAUGCCUCAAUGAUAAUGUGAGGUGUUCAACACCACUCUACAACACCAAACUCAAGAGACCAAUUUCAUUCAUAUCGUCUACACCGUACCGACCGUAAAGACACCAACAUAAACAUGUUGCCUACUAACGUCAUGUCUUUUAUGAAAAAGAUGGUGACCCAAGAACCAGGAACCCCAAAUGCCGGGGACCCCGGGGGGGACUCGGGGGGCCCUCAGCAAGCUGAGGCAGACUCUCUCCUCUAGUCUUAUGACUGCUCAAGAUAAAGUGACAAAGUUAACGCCGGCCGGCAGAGUGAUAGAGCCUAUGACAGGUGACGUAUUCGACAUUUCCAUCCCAGCCAAGCAGCCCGAGGAGACAGCUCCAACGACUCCGCCCAAACCUCA